UCGGCUCACACAUCUUGUUUGACAACACGCGAAUCGCGGAAAAUUUUUCGUUCUGAUGCGAAAACUGUGAAAAAAGAUGCUGGAGCCCAAUUCUAUCAGGACAGAGCACAAGGAUGUGAUCCACGACGUUGUCUACGAUUAUUAUGGGCAGCGGAUGGCGACUUGCUCCAGCGAUCAGACCGUGAAGGUGUGGGACCAGAAUGAGCAGAAUGUGUGGAGCGUGACGGCGAGUUGGAAGGCACACUCGGGCUCUGUGUGGCGCCUGUCUUGGGCGCAUCCGGAGUUCGGCCAAGUUCUGGCCACUUGCUCCUUCGACAGAACGGCGUCCGUGUGGGAGGAGACAAUCGGGGAGAAGUCAUCACCCACCAUGGCACCCGUGAAACGAUGGGUGCGCCGCACGAACCUCGUGGACUCCCGCACGAGCGUGACAGAUGUGAAGUUCGCGCCAAAGAGUCAUGGCCUGUUGCUCGCCACCUGCUCGGCCGACGGCGUGAUCCGCAUCUACGAGGCGCCGGACAUCAUGAACCUCUCGCAGUGGACACUGCAGCAUGAGAUCGCGUGCAAACUGCCGUUGAGCUGCUUGUCGUGGAAUCAGUCGAUGUUCCGGCUGCACGCGCCCAUGAUCGCGGCCGGCAGCGACGACGCCACGCAGUCGACGGGCGGCAAGGUGUUCAUCUACGAGUCCAGUGAGAACGCCAGGCGCUGGACGAAGGUGGAGACGUUAGCGCAGGUCACGGAUCCCGUGCACGACAUUGCCUUCGCGCCCAACGUGGGCAGAAGCUUCCACAUCUUGGCCGUGGCCAGCAAAGACGUGUACAUUUACAACCUGAAGCCCAUUCUGGAGCCCACGGGCGCGUCGCGGUUGGAGAUCCAGUGCGCCGGUCAGUUCAGCGAUCACUACUGCACAGUGUGGCGCGUGGUGUGGAACGUGACGGGCACGAUGCUGGCCACCACGGGCGACGACGGCUGCAUCCGCAUGUGGAAGAUGAACUACAUGAAGAAUUGGCGCUGCGCCGGAAGCCUCAAGUCGGAUAGCGAGCGCAAUCAGGACUGCGACACUCCGCCAGUCGUGUCCGUGUCGAACGGCUCCGUGUCGCAGACAAAGUACUACAAGAAGGGCACCAUCACGCAUCCUAGCCAGGUGCCCUGGCACUGAGACGCUCAAGACUGCGCCACUGUUAGCCAUGCUGAUGAAUAAAUGGAUUAUCUUUUGGUAAGCGUCGCUCUUUC